AUGACAUCGCUUAAAGCGGCAACAAGGUACAUCUCAUGCUCGCUGCAUGAGCCUGUCAAAAUAUUGGCCAGCGAGGAAAGCCUGGCGGAUAUUAUACCCCAGACUAUACCGGAAUUUUUCCAUCAAUGUUGUGAGAAAUUUCAAGAUCUGCCAGCUUUGGCCUAUAAAGAUAAACUGGAGAUGUGGACCACAGUGACAUAUGGAGAAUAUCGUGAAAAUGUGGAACAAGCCGCCUUGGCCUUACUCUAUUUGGGGGUGCAGCCGCGUACCUCUGUGGGUAUCUUGGCUCACAACUGCCCGGAAUGGUUUUAUGUCAAUUUGGCUGCAAUACGCAUUAAUGCCAUAUCCGCGGGAAUUUAUACCACAAAUUCUGCAGAGGCGGUGUUUCAUGUUCUUGAAACCUCCGAUGCCAGUGUUGUGGUUGUGGGUGAUAGCAAACAAUUGGAGAAGAUACGUUCGAUACGCUCAAGUGUGCCCAACUUGAGGGCUGUUGUACAGCUCCAUGGUCCCUUUGAUUUCGAUAAGGAUCAGCAGGAGGAUGGAUUUUAUCGUUGGCCGGAUUUAUUUGAAAUGCAAUUCAGUUCGGCGCUGAGAGAUGAGCUGCUAUUGCGUGAACGUCAAGUGGCGCCUAACGAUUGUGCGGAACUUAUAUUUACGUCCGGUACCGUUGGCCUACCCAAGGGGUGUAUGAUCUCCCACGAUGGCUUCUUGUAUGCGGCAAAAUGCAUAAAUCGCCAAAUGAAGUAUCUGUGUCAAGGUCGUGAGAGGGUCAUCUCUUAUUUACCGCUAAAUCACAUAGCCGCCAUGCUUUUCGAUAUGCUGAUGGGUAUGGAAAAUGGUGCAGUAACUUAUUUUGCUGAUCGCAAUGCUUUGAAGGGUACACUUUUGCGGACGCUGAGGGAAGUCCAACCGACAGUGAUGUUUGGAGUUCCAAGGAUUUUUGAAAAAAUACAAGAACAACUGGUGUUGUAUGAGGCCAAUGCCGGAUGCCUGAAGAAAUGCUUGCUGCAGAAGGCCAGAGCGGUCAUGGAGGAGUAUCACCUGAAUCGGUUUGAGGGCAAACCCGUUUCUAAUCUUAAAUAUUGGCUAGCCUCAAAGAUCACCAAUCGCCUGAAGGAGGCCUUGGGUUUUGGGGCCAUGAAAGACUGUCUAAUCGGCGCAGCCCCUGUCACGGAGGGAUUACUGCGUUUCUUUUUAAGCCUAGAUAUGCCGUUGACCAAUGUUUUCGGCAUGUCUGAGACAAGUGGGGGUAUUAUCUUCAAUUUUGAGAAGAUAAAUUUGACAGCUACCGGGAGACCUAUUGAUGGGGUGGAGGUUACGAUAAAGGAUCCAAGUGGUGAUAAUGGCGAAGGAGAGCUCCUUGUCCGUGGUCGAACCAAUUUCAUGGGUUACCUCAAGCAACCGGAAAAGACCAGGGACACAAUUACCGAAGAUGGUUGGAUUAUGACUGGAGAUGUGGCCUAUUUGGAUGACCAGGGUUAUGUUUAUGUAAAUGGUCGCAUCAAGGAACUCAUCAUUACGGCCGGAGGGGAAAAUAUACCACCUUUGCAUAUUGAGACAAUUAUUAAAAAGGAGUUGCCAUGUCUCAGCAAUGUCAUGGUCAUUGGGGAUCAUAGAAAAUAUUUGACAGCAUUACUGACAUUUAAGACCGACAUGGAUCCCCACACAGGAUAUCCCAAAGAUACCCUCUUACCCGAAACCAAAGAAUGGUUGGCCCCAUUGGAUUUGCACUACAGCCAUCUCUCGGAAAUGCUGCACAUCGAAAUACCCGAAAAUUUGCAAGACUUUGAUCCCAACUCCGUGGAGGUUCAGCUUGAUAAUAAAAUCCAUGUGACUUUGGAAUCGGCCAUACAGCGCUAUAACGACCAGGCCAUAUCCAAUGCCCAAAAGAUUCAAUAUUUUAGCGUGUUGCCGCAUGAUUUUUCAAUACCCACUGGGGAAUUGGGUCCCACAUUGAAAAUUCGCCGCAACAUUGUACACACCAAAUACGCCAAGAUCAUUGACAGAAUGUACGACAUGCGAUAAGAGCGGUGCGAGUUAAACAAACUGAAGACAGAUUAUGAAUGAAAAAAACAUGCAGAGAU